AUUCCAUCCACUCAGUCAUUCGCUCGGUCGCCAGUCGCGAGUGAUAAGCGUUCAUGGAUGGAUGUGUGAAACAUUCUUUCGAUUGCCGCGCAAAUACCGUUUCGAACGCGUUAAUUGGAUCUAACGUGAUUAAAAAUUACCUUAGAUUGUUUUGUGUUUAUCAUAAGUGGAUUUAUUGUGUUCCGUUACUCUUGUAUGUGUGUGUGAAACAAGUUAACAAAUAUUUUUUUGUGAUUUAUGUUUGGAUUUUUCUCCGCCGACGUUUUUGUUAUGGCUUGAGUAAUGGAGGGCGAUUGUGCGGAGGAGGGCUGGCUGCUCGUGCGCGUGCACGUGCCCGAGCUGAAUGUGCAGAAGAGCCUGCAGUUCUCUCGCGACCAGCUCGUGUGGGACGUCAAGCAGCAGUGCCUUGCCGCCUUGCCUAAGGUGGCCACUUGGUAUCGGGAAUUGAAAGAGAGCUUCAACUAUGGUCUGUUCUGCCCGCCGGUCAACGGCAAGGCCGGCAAGUUCCUGGAUGAGGAACGUCGUCUGGGUGACUAUCCCUUUAACGGACCUGUUGGAUACCUGGAGUUGAAAUAUAAAAGACGCGUGUACAAGAUGUUGAAACUGGACGAAAAGACACUGAAAGCGUUGCACUCGAGGGCGAAUCUUCGACGCUUCUUGGAACACGUGACUCAUGGACAGAUAGACAAAAUUACGAAGGCCUGUGCUAAAGGACUCGAUCCCAAUUUCCAUUGUCAAGAUACUGGCGAAUCCCCUCUUACAAUCGCAGCUAGCCUUAAAUCACCUGGUAAAGUAUUGAUUGCCCUCGUAAAUGGUGGAGCUCUACUCGACUAUCGGACUAAGGACGGCAGUACUGCCAUGCACCGAGCUGUUGAAAAGAACUCCUUAGAAGCAGUCAAAACAUUAUUAGAACUUGGAGCGUCACCAAAUUAUAAAGAUGGCAAAGGAUUAACGCCUUUAUAUCUAUCAGUAACAAACAAAACCGAUCCUUUAUUGUGUGAAACGUUACUCCACGAUCAUGCAACGAUAGGAGCCACUGAUUUACAGGGAUGGCAAGAAGUACAUCAGGCUUGUCGAAACGGCUUAGUCCAACAUUUGGACCACCUGCUGUUCUACGGAGCGGAUAUGAAUGGACGCAAUGCAUCCGGAAACACGCCAUUGCACGUAUGCGCAGUGAACGCACAAGACUCCUGCGCGAGACAAUUACUCUUCAGAGGCUGUGACAAAGAAUCGUUGAACUUUGCCAACCAGACACCAUACCAGGUCGCAGUUAUAGCUGGAAAUUUAGAAUUGGCAGAGGUGAUAAAGAAUUACAAAUCAGAAGAAGUUGUGCCGUUUCGCGGUCCACCGCGCUACAACCCGAGGCGCCGCUCGGGCGCGUGGGGCGGCUGGUGGAGCGCCGGCGACCGCUCGUCGCUCGCCUCGUCUACGCGCAUUCCCGCCGAGCUGGACGCGAUGCUGCGGCGCCCGCCCGGCGCCACGCACUCGCCCUGCAGUCUCGAAAGGCCCUUCUCCUCCGCCUCCUCGAGCAUCAGCGACGCGAGCCAUCCCAGCCACGAGGACGACGCUAGCAUACUCACAGAUAAGAGCGCGGGCGACACUAGCGACAUCAUCUCGGACUCGAGCGGCGUGGGCACGAGCACGUCCGACACCACCACGUGCUCGCUGCAGCCGCCCGGCGCCACCGUCGUGUGCCUCACGCCCUGCGAGCCCGGCGCGCCCGGCCAUCUGCGCCUCAAUCAGGGGGACAUCAUCGAAGUAACGGGAGCAACAGAUGAUGGUCUACUGGAGGGUACCGUGCGAGGGUCGGCAGCUAGUGGGCUGUUCCCAGCGCACUGCGUGCAGGAAGUGCGGCUGCGGCAAAACGCACACCUACACCAGGUCCUUUCAUCGGGACCGAUCCACCAUUCUCGGGUGACAGGUCGGAGAGAGAUGGCGCUGAGUAAAACUUACAGUGCUACUGCACCUAGGAUAAAGAAAACGUACGGCAACAUGGAGACGCGCACGGUGGUGCUGCACCGCGCGCGCCGCGGGUUCGGCUUCGUGCUGCGCGGCGCGAAGGCGUCGUCGCCGCUCAUGGAGCUGCGGCCGUCCGAGCGCUGCCCCGCGCUGCAGUACCUCGACGACGUGGACGCGGGCGGCGUGGCGGACCGCGCGGGCCUGCGCAAGGGGGACUUCCUCGUCGCGAUCAACGGCGAGGACGUGUCUGCGGCGUCGCACGAGCAGGUGGUGGAGCUCAUCCGCGGCUCCGGCGCGCUCGUCUCCAUGACCGUCGUGUCGCUGGCGCACGCAGUCAGCAACGAGACCAACACGUGCACAGUGCCUACGAGUAAAUCACAAAAUCAACUGUCGAGUUCCGGACGACCGUAUGCCGCGACAUUACCAAGGAAAGCGGCGGGUGGCCGCAGCCCCGCCCCCGCGCCCCCCCGCCGCGACCCGCGCACCACGCUCAGCGUGGGCCGCGCGCGCGCCAAGUCCAUGGUCGCCGGCCUCGAAAAUGGGGGUGAAAAGGAAGAGAGCUGCGAACCUUUAAGUGUUGCUGGCAAGUCGUCGUCUGCUGAAUCAGUUCAGUUACACGGGGGCAGCAAUAGCGGCCCGCCGGCGGCCGGCACGCCGCCCGCGCCGCGCACGGCGUCCAUCCGCGCGCGCCCCGCGUCCGGCCGCAUCACCGCCGCCGAGCUCGAGGAGCUGUUCCAGCGACAGGCCGGCGCCGACAACGCCAGCAGCAGUAGCGCUAUGAUGACGCGGUCCGCCUUCCAGGGCGGCUCUGGCUCCCCGCCCGCCUCGCCUGCGCGUUCGCGAGUCUACGCCUCUGUCGCCGAAAUGAAGCGGAACAAGGGCAAGGUAUGGAGCAAGUCGGCGUCCCUGCGGCGCGACUUCCACUCCACGCCAGACCUGGCGGCGGAGCUGACGGCGCACCCGCCGCGCACGCGCUCCAGCGAGGACGUGCACGGCCCGGCGCGCGGCCCGCCGCCGGCCGAGGCGCCGCCGCCGCCGCCCGGCGCGCCCGCCUCGUCCUUCCGCCCCGCCGCGCCCGCCAAGCUGUACGCGUCCCCGCGCGACCUGGCCGCCGUCGCCUACCGCCCCGCCGCCGACCAGACCGUGCGGGGCGCGAGUGCGAGCGCGCCGCGACAGUGGGCGGGCCGCGCGCGCGCCGCGUCGGCCGACGACGCCGCGCACCAGUACGCGCAGCCCAUCAACCUGCACAAGGGGUUCACGAGACAGAGCUCUACGCCCGCGCCGCCCAUCCCGGAGCCCGACUACAGCAUGUCGGAGUCGGACGACGAGGCGCCCAAGCGCGCCGGCGAGCCGCCCGGGGAGACCAGCGCCAACAGCAACACCAGCGGCAGCAGCUCCGGCUCCGGCUCGAUGCAGCACUCGUUCUCCGUCGACGAGAUCCAGAAGAUCCGCACGCGCCUCAAGUCGUCCAAGUCGUGCGGCGACGAGCUGGCGGGCGAGCGCGACGACGGCGACAACUCGUCGUCCGGCGUGUCGUCCGACCAGGAGGCGCAGGCGCGGCCGCGGCGCGACAAGGUCUCCUUCUGCAGCUCCGUCACCGUAAAGUCGUCCAACGACGUCAUCAGCACCGAGCCCGUGCACAGCUCCAGCGAGAGCCUGGCGCCGGCCGCCAUGGCGCGCCACAACUCGCUGACGCGGCGCCGCGCCGCCGCCGCCGUGAUGCGCGCCGGCGCCGCGCGCGGCCGCUCGGCCGCCGAGCGCCUCGGCGUCGACCCCGAGCGCGCGCCCGGCCGGCGCCGCGCCGCCGUGUCGCUGGCCGAGCUGCCGCCGCCGCCCGAGGAGCCGGCCGGCGAGCCGCCCGGCGCGCCGCCCGUGCUGGCGCCGCCGCCGCAGUUCAGCGACCGCGUGCGCGUCGUGGCCGCGCUGCCCAAGCUGCACUAGCCGCGCCGCCCGCCCGCGCGAGCGCCUCAAGCCAAAGAUUAUAUAUUUAUUGUCGACGUCGGAAGUCGUAAUACAUUCCUCGGCCGUCGUGUCGUGCCUCCCGCGUCGCGGUCUCCUCGUAGUCUCCGAGUGUCAAAGUUUAACCUCUCGCUGAAUUCGCUCAUUCGCAUCUAUUCGCCCCCCCCCCUUCCCCCGCAACCGAGUGCCAUCGUAUCUAUGAUUUUGUAAUAUUUUUAUAUAUAUUUGUAAAUAUUUUACGAGAGCUAUUUUGAGUGUCGAAAGAGUGGACUGGGUACUUGUAUAUACAAAAAUAUAUCCGGCCAACGAAAACGAUAUAUAAGAAUAUGAUAUAAUCGCAAUAUUUAUAAGUAAAGUUUAUUAUUAUUAUUGAAUUUUAUUCAAGUUUAAAAGAAAAAUUGAUUUAUUUCAUUCGUCCAUGAAUAUAUCGAGAGGUCCACUCUUUUGACGGAAAGGGAAUAUUCAACUUAUAAGAGGCCGAAGCCGUCAACUUAAAUGUGUUCUCAUCGAGACUAGUGCUCAUUAAAAAUUCAAUGCUUUAGUGCGUCAUCCGUUCCAUUAUAAUGUAAAUUUUUAUAUUAGGUCUUUCGCUGUACUAUGAUUUCAAUAGAAACAUAUUUAGGAUUCAUAUAGAAAAUUAAAGCAUUCAAACGUCACAAACGAAAAUACAAAUAAUCACAAUAUCUAAUAGAUGGCCGCCCCCACAUUUGAAUUUUUAAAAGCAUUGAUUAAUACUAAAUCUUAAAAAAUAAAACUUCAAGAUGGCGAUAAAAGAUAAAACAAUUUUAAAUCAGUUUUUACUGAAAUCGUAGUACAUCAUAGAAUCAAAUAAUACGAAUAUAUUUAACACCAAUAUUAAAAUUUUAUACUCCAAUUAUUUGCGUCUCUUUUAGGUUAGAAAGCACGCUGCGUAAUUUUCGUAUAGAUAAAAAAAAACUACGCAUAUGAUAAGACGUGUUGAAUUAAUUUUCAUUUUGAAAAUUUAUAAAACUGUCUAACGCGCGUUAGUAAAAGUAACGUAUUGUAAAAAAAUCUCCAUUUUUCGUCUCUUGUACUGUUAUUAUUAAAUAUUUCGGUAAAAUAAUAAUAAUAAUAACACGGAAUAUAGAACUUUUGUAUAUAGAUAAUACAAAAAUUUCUAGCUUCAAAUUAAAAUCUUAAACAUAUACCGGAGAUUAUCGGUCUAAAAUAAAAAUUUAUAUCUCACGCAGCUUUGCUUUUAGCUUAGAAAAAACGGCCGCAAUAUCAGCCUAAAUACGCUAUUUUAUUAUAGCACAUAUUACAGAGUACUAAAGUUCAAAUUCAACAGGCCUGGAUAAUUUGCAAUUGAAAAUGUCGGCUCAGCGACGUUACUAUUUAGGAAUUGCCUGAGAAUGGAAUUAUAUUUUCAAUAUUCUAGAUUUGAGUGUACACAGGGUUAGGUGGUUUUCCUUUAUACCCUCACUUUUGAUAAUUAUUAUACAAUAAUAAAGAAUUAUAGAAAAUUAAACUUAAGCUCGUCAUUGAACAGAUAUUAAAAUUCGUAACUUUGAUAGACUGGAGUAAAAGAGAAUUGAAAUAGGUAUAGCUUAAUGAUAGCCUAGAUAAUCCACCCUGUGUAUACUCGGGGUAAUAUUAGCUAAAUUGUAGCAAAUAACAAAUUAGCUCAAGUCGAAACAUUUAGCGGGUUUAAUAGGACCCAAUUUAUAUUAUUAGCACAAUCAAUUAAUUUCUAUUAAUUAUUAUUGAGUUAUAAUCUUCUUGUCAUUAAUUUAAGUUGUAUAAAAUGUAUUGUCUACUUAAGGCAUAGAUAGGAUAGUAGUAAUUAUAUUAGGGCAAUACUGACGAUUCUAGAAUAACUGAACGGGAAAGCGGACUGUCUUUGGAUUGAAACUGAAUUUUUACUCGGAUAUCUGUAUAUAAUUAUAAGUUGAAAUUUCGUUGGAAUUUUUAUAUUAUUUAUAAUCUUGUUGUUUUUGGAUAUGUUAAUUUAUCGAAUAAUUUUAUUACAAACAGUAUAACAUUAAAAAUAUUUAUAGCCAGUAAUGAUUCAGUUCAUAAUUCAGGACGUGAUCGCUGCAUUUUUGUAUAAUAUAUACCAACAAUUGUGUUUUACGUUUCAUUUGAAUCUCAGUAUCGGACGUGUAACUACAACUUGGUAUACUUUCAAAUGAAAAUUAAAUGUUUCAUCACUCA